UGCUGAUGAGAGACAAUAAAGCAUCGACUUCCAGAGAGUCGCUGCCGCCAAAGCAGGAGCAUGCACUUGUGGUUGCAUUUACAAGUCUUCAAAGGGCUUUGGGGAGGGGCUACCUUAAUGUCUUGAGUGAGAAACAGGCGAGAGUUGAUUCAAAAUGCCUUAGGAUGAUCCAUGAUCACACUGACCUGCUGUAUAUCUUCGUCUCAGGAGGUAAAGGUGCCGGAAUCUCAAGUGAGAAUUUGGAUGGGGACGCUCCCUGGAGCGGAAUUGCUAUCCUCAACGGAGUAGCGGAGGAGAGCGGUCUCUGAGAAGCCAGGAGAAUGUAACGGAGCACACAGGCCUUACUUUGUCUCAAAUGGGGAGUGAUGCCCACGAAGGAAAGCACCGAGCAACAGAUGAUAACCAGGGAAAGCACUCAGAAGGCCACCUGAGUGAAGUCACAGGUAAUCAUGCCUCCUGUGGGAGGAGCACACCGGCUGCGAUUGCUGUCGAUAACGAUUCCGAUGGUGGCAAACUGCGGGUAUUGGAUCAGCCAAAAGUUGUCAGACAACAGCAGAAGUGAGCAAUGGAGAAUGGUGGACCUCUGCAUAUGAAUGAAGUCUCAAGAGAUGGAGAUGGAGGUGAAAAGGGUGAGGCUGAGAAGUGUUGCACUUUCUCAUUCAUUUAGAAGGCAAUCUGCUGAAGCAUGGACACGUGAGGGGAAGCCAGAAGAGCAGCGGGAAAAUUGAAGUGCGCAUGCAGAUGCUUGAGUGGUGCAGGAAAGAGAACGAGAAAGUGGUUGUCUUCUCAAGGAGGAAGGCAUUGCUUGUAAUUCUGGAUGAAUUCCUGCAGAAGAAGGAUGAAUCAUCACCAGCCGCUGACGAUGAAGAAGUGCGCUGUGCAUUUGCAAGAACAAGCGACCGAUCGCUGCAUGAGCUGCUGCUAAUGUGGAGUCUGCAUCCGUGCAUUAGACACUGAAACGUCACUUGUGUGUUGUAAUCCGUGCAGUUCCCACCAGUUGUUGCAAAGAGACGACGGCGGCAAACUCUCUCUAGGCCGGGGGAUUGAUUGGUCGCGUUCUUCCUCACGAGAGCAUGCUCCUCGUCAAGGAGGGGAUUGAUUCGCCCAACCAGGGGCAGGUGGAGGGAAUUGCCUUGUUGGAAUGCGCAUUAAAAUUGACCAAGGCGCAGGAACCUAAGUGUUUUGUUACUUGGGUGGUUACCUAAUGAUGUGGUUGUCUGUGCACACUCACCCACGUGCUUGGACUUACCACGUUGGUUUUUUUUGUUUGUACUUUGGUAUACGCCGAGGUGCCUCGAGAAGGAGAAGGUGGCGGAUAUGUUCAGGUGGAAAGCCGAAAGGAGAAGGUGCAGAAAACAAGAACAAAGAUCUUUGAGUUGGCUCAAUACCACAUAGUCUGUGUGCUUGGUGUUGCUCCGUAGAUUGUAUGCUGGUGUUGAAUGCGAAAGCUGAAAGGACAAAGUGCAGAAGAGGUGGAUGAACAUCUUUGAGUUGUUCCAAGACCACGUGGUAGGAUCCUCUACUGCACCUGGGUAGUUAGGAGCUAGCUAGAAGCGCAUGGUCUUCAUCAAAUGCAAAGGUAAGUUAUUCCAUGACCACGUAGCAGGUGCCUGCCUGUACCACACCUCUGUAAUUAUGAGCUAGCAAAACCCAUGGUCUCAAUCACGUGCAGACAAAAAUUUUGAACGCAACAGAUAGGUUCUAAACAGCAUGGCGUGUAUUUCAGCAGAGGAUCAGGGUGGAUAGUUUCCUUGCAGAAGUAGGUGUAGAUGUACAGAAUGCCAUCAGGAUCAAUCAGUUUCCAGCAUACAAGAACUGGACUGCACGGGCGCAAAUUGCUGUCCAGGCGCAAAUCGGUCGUGAUUUGCCGUUUGCAGAUUGAAAUA